UCGCACGAGAAGAAACUAAACAAUUAUAUCAAGUUGGCUAGCCCGAUGGUGCAUCGCGCAUCGCAUUUCAUAGAUACUAGCCAUUAAUCUACGGAAUCGACCACACUGUAGACAAAGAAGCUACAAGGGGACAAAGAAGGAAAAUAUUGAGAGGAAGAGGGCGUUGCAGAAUGUCACGAGUAGACACGAGGAUUCGACAGGACUUGGCUUUCAGUCGCAGCUCGGCAGUCUGUACGAGACGAGCGAGAUACGUGUGGUAAAGUGUGUAGUUUGUAUACAUAUACGUGCACGGUGCAUGUAUAUUACUACUCAUAGACAUACUCUCGCGUGUGUAAAGGUAACCGAUACGCCGGACGAGUUGACACACGCGCAGCAAUGGCGUACCCCUUUGAAGAAGCCUGAACGUGUUCUGUCGUUUAAUUUUUCUUUGUGCAGCUGUGUUUGAAGUGAGUGAAAAAGACAAAUAAUUUGAGUAAAAUCUCUUAUAUAUAAGGCAAUGAUAGAAUUGCAAAACAACGUCAGUAUAUUAAAGUGUUUCAAUCUUGUCGAAACGAAGAAACGAGACGUUACGCCCAGCCUGUUCAGAUCCAAGCCCCCAUUGCUUGCUCUGAUAUAUAAAUCUACUCUUCGUUCUCGUGAAUGUCUCUGAAUUUUGUAAAUAAAAAAUCCGAUUAAAAGUGGAAGUGUGGCAUUCUAACGUUUAAUUGCAAAUAUAACACGUACGUAUAGCAAUCGAGAUAUUACCGUGCGAAGAAUUUGUGAAAGAGUGAAGUGGAUUACUAUAUGUAUCGAGAAUUCGAAAGGGAAAAGACGAAAAAAAAUACGUUUAUAUAGAGAAGAAAAAGGAUUUUGGAAUAGCAAACGAGAGAUUGGAGAGAAAUAAAUAGAAAAUCAUAGAAGGCAAAGAUCGAUGUUGCAAGGAAGCCGGUGUCCAACAAAUCAGGGCCGGUGGUGUUCGAAUUCGUAGUCGGUUGUAAGCUCUUUACGACUUUUUUUUCCUUCUCUCUCUCGAAAUAUGCGAUAACGCUCUUUCGCUCAUGUACAUUGGGGGCUUCUGCCUCGAGGGUUUUCCUUGGUGUUGGAUAUAAUAGCUGAUUGGUCCAACCCUUGGAUAAGGCAACCCUCUCUCUCGCAGCGAUGAAUCGUACCAUUUUUUUACAUCUCAAAUUCAAGAUUUGCCCGUAAAAAUUGUGAAAAUUACCACGAUCGUUAAGAGGAUCGAUACUCAAUCGUAUCGAUACAAUCGAAAAUAGAGAUAUUGAGAAACGAGUAUAUCGAGAAAAGAAAGAUAAAAACAAGAGGAGAAAAGAGAAGUAGAAGGAGAAAGAGGGAAGGAAACUAGAGAAGAAGAAAAAGUGCUGGAGGAUCGCGAAUUCGCGUCUCCGGCUGUGCGGUGAAAGAUCGAGUAAUCUCAACGCUGGGCGAGACGGAGAGCAGUGGAUCGUGGUCGUCAUCGGGGAGAAUAAUCACGAGGAUCCCACGAAAUGAGAGGCUAGCGUUCGAGGUGGGUCGUUGGUCAGCGGGCGUGCAAGAAGGGACGGUUCGGCGGCGGAAGCCUGGAUAGUAGGAGGUUUCCAACAUGGCCGCUGCCUGCUACGAGAAGGAAGUGGUGGUAGGUGCCGCUAUGCAUGGACACGGUCAUCACCAUCACCACCACCAUCACCACCACCAUCACCAUCACCACCACGGGAUCGGCGGCGGGUCCACCGGCGGUGGCGGCGGCCCGGCUGCCGCGGGUGCCGCGAGCGGACAGCAAACCGUCCUGCCGGCCGCAUCGACCGGCAUCCUCGACACCGCCGCCACUGCUGCUGCCGUCGGCUCCGCCACGACCGCGAACGCGAACACGACGACCGCCACCGCGACCGCGGCGGCUGUCGCAGCCGCGGCGGCGGCCGCCGCGGUCGCCGUCACCACCUACAAGGACUACAAGGACUACUCGCAACCUCUCCACGUCGACUGCAGCGUCGAGUACGAGCUGCCGAGCCAAGCCAAACCACCGCCCGGCGGCGGCGAACCUCUUCUCAUGAUACACCCGUGCUAUUAUCGACGAGCCGAACGGGAGAGGAGAAGCCCUUUCGUCAAUAAUCUGCCACCACCGGCAAACGCGCCGAUCUCGUCGAGGCGAAGCAGCAGGCGAAGCGCCUCGGCCGCCGUCGUUGCCACCGCGACCGCAGCCGCUGCCGUCUCCUCCACCUCGUCCGUCGUCGCGCCCUCCUCCGCGGCCGCCGCCGUCUCUACCUCGACCGUGUCUUCUUCCAGUUCCGCUGUCGCAGCCGCAGCAGCGGUGUUGUCGGCAACCGUUGUCGCGACCAGCGAUUCGGGAUCGAAUCUCGUCUCGACGACCAGUCAAAUGUCUGCUGCGGCUAUGGCAGCUUCCUAUCGCGCGGCUCUAAAUGCUGCUGCGACUCUGUCGCAACAACAGCAACAAAGACGUCAACAACAUCACCCGCAACAGCAACAACAAUCACAAGCACCUCCGCCACAGCAGCAGCAACAAAGUCAUCAUCAUCUUCAUCGAUCUCAUGCUCAUCCCCUCCACAAUCAACAACAACAGCAGCAACAGCAACAGCAGCAGCAAGUAAGUUCGGUGUCGUCGACCUCCUCCACCACCGAACUGAUCUCUGCUGACGAAAAAGCAGUCAUAUCAGGUAUUUAUCAACACUACUUCCGCGCAAUGCGCGCUCACAAUCAUCAGCAUCGACAGCAACAGCAGCAACCGCAGCAGCAGCAAGCAACGCAGCAGCAGCAGCAGCAACAUCGAACGGCUCAUCAGAUUCAUCAUCAACCUCACCAAAGCGACCGAAGUUCCUCCUCGUCGGUGACGCCAACGGUUACGUCGAUAUCCGGCAUAUUGCGGCAGACUUAUCAACAGACGUAUAACGCGACGAAUUCGAGUUCGUCGAGUCAUCUACGGGCAACAACGGCCUCGGUGGUCGGGCAUCAUCCGUAUAGGCGACCGUCGACCACGUUACGUGCAACGUCGCACAUUGGCCAACAGGCCUCUUCCUCCUCUUCCUCGUCCUCCUCCUCCUCCUCCUCCUCGACGUCGAUCGGUGCUUCCAGCAGCGUUUCUUCUUCUGCCGGCGUUUCCAGUGUAUACGCGAGCACAAUACACAGGCAUCACGCCACCUCGCUACACGCCCUUCAAGCGGCUGGUUUUUACGAAACGCCCGGUUAUCACGCGCUUUUGCCGCAGAGUUAGGUGUCUACCAGCAGCGCGGUGAACCCGCAACUCGAGACCGACCCUAUUGCCAACCUUCAUUUAUUCACCUAAUCCGGCUACAAAGCUCUCUCUUCCCUAUUGUACGACUUAUCUUCCAUACUCGUUAAAGCGCAUACGGGUUGGUCUAACUCUGCCUAGUACACUCGGGAUACAUCUAUCUCUGCGACAUACACGCUACUUCUCCCUACGUGUAUGUUCCGCUGUGUAUAUACGUAAAUAUGUAUGCAUACGUAUAUAUAUGUAUGUAUGUAUGUAUGUAUCGUCGUCGACGCAACGAUCGUACGUGCCGUGCUCUCCGUUGUUGGCAGUAGUGUGCGGGUGGCCGGACGGACGGACGGACGGACGAGCAGAAAGCCACAGAAUAAACACACGACGCAUACACACCACCACCACCAUCACCGCUAUUAUACACAGAUAUACAUUGAACCAGAGACAGAUGGAUGGAACCACGAACAACUGAAAUGGUCGUCUAUGUGUAGGCAUCGACCAAUUUCAUCCACCUGCAAUACGUGUGCGCUUCUCUCAGGGGUGAAGCUAGCUAGCUACUAAUCGACUAAAACUACUCUCUAUUGUGGGAUGGGAGAGAGGGAGGAGAGAGAGAGAAAAAAAAAAAAAGGAAAAAAAGAAAAAGAAAAAAAAA